AUGGCUCAGUGCUCCCUCACUCAGGGUGCCAUAUUUAAAGCACACCAGAGCGCAGACUGCUUCAUGUCUACAGAUGAGGACUGCUCCAGGGGACAGAUGACCCCGAAAGCCAGGAAGACGAGGGAGCAGCUGACCCACAGGAGGACAUCCAAAGCAAUCUGGGGCCCUCGAGGCCUCCAGAGGAUGUACGCUGAAGUCAUCGGAGGCAACAAGCUGACUUCACCUCUGCUGCAAUCCGCUGCUGCGCCUCACAACCUCACAUUUAGCAGAUCAAUCAAGACAGAUGAAAGCUACCUCUUGGUGCAGCAGCUGUUGGAGGGGAAAUCGAAAGAUAUUCUAUUGAACCCAAGGAUUCGGGAGAUUUUUCUUGCUCAGAUUGCCGUUGGAGAAACUAUUGACCGCUACUUGGAAAAUCAGAUCUUGGCAUACCUCGAUAGUCCAUCAGAAGACCAAGCAGAAAGGCAACUGGUGGUGUUUUUACUGGGUGUAGGCAGCUUGCAGCUGUUCGUACAGAGUAAUUGGACAGGUCCUCCUGUUCAGAUAGAGCCACAGGAUAUUUUACCUGCAGCAGUGAUUGGGAGCUUUGCAGAGCCUCAAAGCGUGCGAGCCACUCUAUUGAACAGUUUGGUUUUGGACGGGGAAUCAAUUUACAGCCUUGUCGCUAACCCCAUCCUUUUGAUGUUGGCCAGGACAAUCCUGGUGAACUGCAGGAGGAAGCUGAAUCUUUUCCAGAUGUUGCACUGGUGGACGAUGCGGUGUGUAAACGUUCAGCAGCAGUUAUUAGCAGAGCGUUCCCCUCAACUCUUCACUGUUACUCAAGGCUGUAUUGAUGAAGUGCUGAGAAACGAGGCCUUUUUCAGCUCUGUGGAAUGCCGAAAUUUAGCAACCCAGUUCCGCCUGGAGUGUGGAUACACUUUGCUAUAUUACUACCAAUACCAGAAGGCCAAGGAGAAUUUCAACACAGCCCAGGAAAUGGCAAAACUUUCUACCACUAUGACAGGUGCCUUGGGGAAGCGUACGCGAUUCCAAGAAAACUAUUUGGCUCAGCUUGUCCUGGAUGUCCACCGGGAAGAAGAUGCCCUUUGCCAAACAGGACUCACGCCAGCACCCACGCCCUUGGAAAAUCUUCCCAAGAACCUUGAACUGAGUGAUGACACUUUGCUGAAUUCAAUUAAACUGGCAGACCCUGAGGAACACACUGCGCCAGACCUAUGUGCAGAGGAGCUUGCUGUAAUUCUUGCUAUCUGCACAGACUUUCAGAAGAACAACCCUGUUCAUAAGCUGACUGAAGAGGAGUUGUUGGCAUUUACCUCAUAUCUGCUGUCUCAGCCAAAGUUCUGGGCCAUUCAAGUGACCACCCUAAUGUUGAGAACAAAACUGGAGAAAGGUAGCUCCCGUCGGAUUGAACGUGCAAUGAUGCAGACACAGGCUCUUGCAGAUCACUUUGAAGACAAGACAACAUCUGUAGUAGAACGUCUAAAGAUCUUCUACUGUUGCCAAGUACCUCCACACUAUGCUGUUCAGCGUCAGCUUGCGACUCUCCUGUUUGAGCUGGGAUGUACCAGCUCAGCUCAACAGAUCUUCGAGCAAUUGGAGAUGUGGGAAGAUGUUGUUAUUUGCUAUGAAAGAAUUGGGAAACAUGGAAAGGCAGAAGAAAUUCUUCGCAGAGAGUUGGAGAAGAAGGAGACCCCCACCUUGUACUGCCUCUUAGGAGAUGUGCUGAAUGAGCACCAGUACUACGACAAGGCCUGGGAGCUGUCCAGCUACCGCAGUGCCCGUGCUCAGCGCUCCAAAGGGCUGCUCCACCUGCGCAACCAUGAGUUCAAACAAUGUGUGGAGUGCUUUGAGCGAUCGGUGCAGAUCAACUGCUUACAGCUUGGAGUUUGGUUUUCUUUGGGCUGUGCAUACCUGGGAUUGGAAAAUUUCAAAGGAGCUGCAAAAGCAUUUCAGAAAUGUGUGAUGUUGGAACCUGAUAAUGCAGAAGCUUGGAACAAUCUAUCAACAGCCUAUAUCCGAUUAAAGGAAAAAAGCAAAGCACUGCGAGCACUCAAGGAAGCCAUUAAAUGUAAUUAUGAGCAUUGGCAGAUCUGGGAGAAUUACAUUCUUACCUGCAUGGAUGUUGGCGAGUUCAGUGAUGCCAUUAAGGCAUACCAUCGACUCGUGGAUUUGAAAGACAAAUACAGAGAUGUUCAGGUUCUGAAAAUUCUGGUACAAGCUGUGAAUGAAGGGAUUGCCGACUGCAAAGGGGACUCCGCAAAGGUAUUGACAGGAAAACUGCGGGAGCUCUUUGGCAGGGUGACUUCAAAAGUAACCAACGAUGCUGAGAUUUGGAAAUUGUAUGCCAAGCUUUGGGGAGACGGGCAAACAGAGAACACAGAAGACAAUGAAAAGGCACUUCAGUAUCUAGUUAAAGCUCAUCGAUGUGAAACCCAAUCCAGUGGUUGGGAGAAAGAUGUUGCAUCUUUCAAAGAAGUAGCAAAAGGAGCGAUGGAACUUGCACAUGUGUCAAUCAAAUGCAGUAAAAGCAAGAAUAACCCUCAGGAGGCCCUGCAGAUGCUCUCCUCAGCUCGCCUUAGCCUGCGUAGCCUGUCCAGUAAAGCACAGCAGCUUUACACCGACGUUACUACAGGUGAAAUACAGAGCGAGUUAGCUGAUGAGAAAACAACAAUGGACAACAUGAUUCUGGAGCUUCAAGACCUCAGCAACCAGCUGAGGAAUCAGUCAUGAGGAAAAGGAAGAAUUGAAUCUCGCUCCCCCACCGAGAUACCAGGGAUUCUCUGUAAACCUGUAAUGAGUUAUUGCACUAGAUGUAUUUAAUCAAUAAAAUAUUCCUUUUAUACAAA